AUGAUAUACCAUAUAAAAAGUAUGUAUGUAUUAAAUAUAUUGACUUUUGUAUUUUUUCUCUUAAAAAUUAACUAAUUAAUUAUAGUAUAAUUAAAAAUCUUCAAUUCAAAAAAUAUUAAUAUAUUUUCAGGGCAAUAUUAAUUUGUACAUAAUAUAAAUGAAUAAAAUUUCAGUAAGUAUGAUUAAAAUACUCUUAAUUUAUUAAAAUUAAUCUAUUAAAUAACUUAAUUAAAUAAAAUGUUUUUUUAUCUUUUAUUUUUUGUUAUUACUAGACUAAAUAAGAAUAAGCUCAUAUUAAUUGGUCUUUUUUUUGUUUAAUCUUUCUCUACUUUACAAUAUCUGCAAUUAGGAGGAUACUCAUAAGUAAACAUAUCGAGCCUUGCAUAGAUGAAAAUGCAAAUGGUAUUGAGUUAUCAAUAUUCCAAAUAUCUGUUUUCCUUAAAAUUAAUGAGCGAAAAUAAAAAACCUACUACUGUUCCAGCGACAAAAAUAUCUCCACAAGACUUAAAGUUCUCAUAGGCAAAAAACGAACCAGUCAUUAAUCCUAAAAUUACAUUUAAUAUUAGCCAAAUUUUGACAAAGACAUUUUAUGAGUAAUAGCUCAUCUUAUUGCACUAAUUAUUUUUAUAUUCUAUACAAUGA